ACUCAAUCAGUCAAUUAAUGCUUAGAAAUGAUAGAUUGACGUGGUUUUAGGAGAAGCAUCAGUAUGCCUGUUUGUGAAACAUGUGACGGUGAAGAUUAUGAAGAGAUUGAUGGGUUUUUCUAUUGCACCACUUGUCAAACUCAGUCUCAGGCCUUCAGAGUAGAGGAGAUUGAGGAUGAAUACAGGGCUCCUCCAUCACAUACACUGGAGAUUAGAUCCUCAAAAAGCCAGUCUAAACAGAAAAGAGAAGAUAAAGAGAAAGAUCUUGGUCGUCCAUGGCACACUUAUGAAGCUUUCCAAAAGAUAAUUAAAGAACAAGUUAAAUCCCUGAUCAAACUGGGAGCUGAUCCCGCACUGAAAAACAUUGUCUUCAAGUUCUGGUGUAGAUAUCUCUCCAUCACUGGCAUUGCUUUCCCAGAGGAUCUCGAUAAACAAAAAGAAAUGUUUGCUGGCUUCCAAAGGCAAAGGGAAGUAUACCCAGCCACAAUUGAAAACCCUAUAAUCCCACCAGUCAGAUUCAGGAAAACACAUCUCCAAAGAUUUGGGAUGUCCGUAAGGAAAUCAAAACAGAUGCAGGAGAAACAGGAAUUGAUGGAUGCCCUGAGGAAUGAGGAGUUCUAUGAAGGAGAUAAUCCACUGGAGGAUGAUAAUCCGUCAGAAUCCUCAGUUAUUGAGGAAGAAGAGGAAUUAGAAGAAAACAGGACCAAUUUAAUUCAAGAAGACAGUGUAAGGAGAACCAUACAGUGGAUGAGUAUGAACAGGACCCUGUGUUUCUGUUUUCUGGGUCUCAGGAAGAUGAAGUGUCUGGUCACUGCUUCAGACAUUGUUAGGUGGGUGAAGCAAGGUCAUAUACCUUAUCUGCAGGCCACCAAGAUUCUUCCAAGUGACAUGAAAUUCUCUUCCACAGAUAACAAAGCCUUUACAACUAAAGUGCCCACAGUUGAGGAAAUCACCAAAACAACGGAAAGGUUGAUAAACUUUUUACGGGAAGAUGAGACUGAAGUUUCCAUUCCUACAUCCAUCCUUAUCAGCAAGAUCUUAGUUCUGAUGAAUUUACCAGGAGAGCUUCAUGGAUUUGUACAAAGAUUACACCUACUGCGAGCUGACAACGUAAGCCUGGAAGGUGAAGAGGAGGAGUGUAGUGUAAAUAAUGAAGUCAUUGCCAUGAUGUGUAUCAUUACAACACUACAACUGUUACUGGGACUGAAUGAUAAAAUGGAGUGGGAACUUUCAAAAUGUGCAAAAGAGUUAAUGGAAAUGCCAGGUUUUAAUCAUACGUUGUUUUGCUGGGAGCAGUGGGUAUCUUACACAAGCAUACAUUCAUUGAGUGGGACGUACUCCAAAGUGAUGACAAACCAGUUUGACCCUCGGUCCAUAACAGACAUACAGAAAUACAUGGAGGAAGUGAAAUCUCUCAAGUUAGAGGUCAGAAGGAUGUCCAAGGACGCAAGAAGUAGCCAUGUAAAGAAAAUAAACCAAGAAGAAACUAUAGCAGCUGUAAGAAGGCCAAUUUAUUUACUUGCAGAGGAAAUUCAAAAGAAUUACCAAAAGCAAGUCAAGCCUCAAAGUGAUACAGAUUUCCUGUCAUCAAAAUAUGCAGAGGAGGAUCCCCUAGGUUAUAUGAUGGGGGAGUAUGACAAUGAAAUAUCUGAUAAUACAGAGCAGGAGACUGUGUCCUUCAAGUCUUACAGCUUAAAAUACAUCACCCAGCCAAGGUCAUUUGUCAAGACACUAGAAAAUCGUGGCCUAGAUGACAGCACUAUAUACAGUUCGUGUUUUGAAAGUUCUGAUGAAGACAUUCAGGAUGAUUCAGAAAAUGCAGAAACUUUAACACAAAGCCGAAAAAGGAAACACAGAAAGGAAAAAGCAGAAAUGAGGGAGAAAUUAUCCAAAGUGAUUGAUUUCAGUCAGUCAGAAGAAAGUAAAUUUGAUACCAAAAAACUGAAAGAAAUUUCUGACAUGGUGAUAAGUGUACAGGAGAGUUUUCCGUUGUUUGACCCGAUGGAUGUUGUGACCAAUCAGAGUGCUUCUCUUCAGUGGUUGAUACAGGUCUGUGCUGGACUGAUUCAGUGUUCAGUAGAGACCCUCAGAACCGAGCUUGUGAAAUUCCAGACCACUCUGUUUGGUAAAGAAGACUUGAACUGCACAGAUCGGAGUGAAUUUCUGCAUAGUAUUGCAAACAAGUAAUAAUUUCCCAUGGAAUGGUUAUAAGUAUCAAUAAAUUGUACCAAACAUGUUAAA